UCUGCGUUUGGCGCGGUUCUUUUCUCUAAGUGGGUAUGACGGGAUGUAGGAGGCAGCAAUACUGUAACAUUAACGUCUUGGCUGAGCGAUAUGGUUAAAUGCAAGCGUGACGGUUCUUCAAGUCCGCUGUCAGAAUCUGAACUGGACCAAGACCCUCUGCGUCCUCCACCAUCGCCUCCUCUGCAACUGCCACGUUUGGAAAAACCGCUGCGCCAGGCCUUCUACAACACCGGAGCUCUGGUGCUGGUGGGACUAUGCUGUGGGGUGGGAGUGCUCAUUUAUUUCAUCCUCGAGGCAUUUCUGCGCCCAUUACUGUGGGCUGUCCUAUGCGGCACCUUUUUGCACCCGUUCAAGAGUUCCCUCACGGCGUUUGGCCGCGGCUGGCUGCGUCGCCUCCGCCAUUCAAGCACACCAGUCUUUUUGGCAACUUUCUUAUUGCCGCUGUCUUUUGCUAGUACGGCUGCCGAAGCAUUGGGUAAGGAGAUCCGGCGCCGGCGGCGGCUUCUUCUCCUAUUGAGUGCCGGAAGUCCCGUUUUAUAUGGAUUAUACUGCGUCGGUACUUCCUUUGGAGUCCAGAUUGCUCUUGCUUAUGCCGACCGUCUCAUUUGCCGAGGGCUAGACUAUUUCAGUAGCCGUUGGAGCAGUUGCUGGAUAAUCUUGAAAUGGAGGACAUUUUUCUGAGUCCUAUGUCAUGGUCAGAUCAUUUUCUGGUCUAGGUGAGUUUUCCACUAUCUCCACAGGAUGAGAGGACCUAUUAAAAAGGUUCAUCCCAGGUGCAUUAUGGAGCCAGAUUACUUCUAUAAUAUCAACAGAGGAAGACUAAAAGUAGACUUGAUCAAGGACAGUUAGAGUGACGAUGGCAAAAUGCCCUUGCUGUAUCAGAAUGGUAUGUGGUUGUCCAGUAGCCCUGUUUAUGAUUACUCAGUCCCUGUUGGGUAAGCAAAACAAGAAAUUCUGUCACCUGGUCACCAUGAUACAAUUGCAUAACACUUUGUUGAUAAAGUUGCUCAGAUUCACAGAAUCUGAUGGUGGGUAGGGUGCUCUCUGGCAUGAGCUUUAACAUGUAUAGUUUUGAUCCCUGCUUUUCCCGUCUCCUGCAAAUUGACAGUGUGGGUGUGUGGGUAGGUAUGUCUAGGAGGCUGUCAGUGCCUCUUUGGGAGAGGGAGUUAUUCUAGCAGACUUGAUCAAUUCAUUUGGGGGAAGCAAAAAUGGCCUGGUUAAAAAAUGAGUCAAGAUAAGGUGUAUCCUAGUCAUAGGAAUAUAAAGAAAAGUCUGUUCUAGGAUGGAAUAUCAGAGCAGUGUGAUAAUUGCUUGGAGUAUGUUGCUUAAAGGACUUAGGUUUC